GGCGCGGUGCGGACGGGCGCGCGGGGCGAGGCGGCGGAGUAUGCGCGGGCCUGGGCGGCCAGCCCCGGCGCACAGCCGCGGCCGGGGCGCGCGGCGCGGGGCGGAAAAGCCUGUUUACACAGACUGCACACCGCCUGGGGAAUAAUGCAGUAAAGGAAGUGAGCCGGCUCGGCCUGACUGCUCCAACUUCCUGCUCUCACACACACCAGAGGGGAAAAAAAAAGAGGAGUGAGAGAAAGAAAAAAAGGGGGGAAAAAUCAGGAUCUCAUUACAAGAGCAACAGACCGUCUGCAGACGCCUGUCAGCAUGGAAAGUCGGGGGCUUUCGCCCGGUUCCUCCUAGAAAUUCCCUCGAAGAAGGAUCUUGAAAGCUCCCCCACAUCUGGGUAUGGAGAGUGCAAUCACGCUGUGGCAGUUCCUGUUGCAGUUGCUGCUGGACCAGAAACAUGAGCAUCUGAUCUGCUGGACCUCCAACGAUGGUGAAUUCAAGCUCCUCAAAGCAGAAGAAGUGGCCAAACUGUGGGGACUCCGAAAAAACAAAACAAACAUGAACUACGAUAAGCUGAGCAGAGCCCUGCGAUACUAUUAUGACAAGAACAUCAUUAAGAAGGUGAUCGGGCAGAAGUUUGUGUACAAGUUUGUCUCCUUCCCGGAGAUCCUGAAGAUGGACCCUCACGCCGUGGAGAUCAGCCGGGAGAGCCUUCUCCUGCAGGACCGGGACUGCAAGGCGGCCCCCGAGGGCCGCGAGGCGCACAGACACGGCCUGUCGGCCCUCAAAGGCACCAGCCGCAACGAAUACAUCCACUCAGGCCUGUACUCGUCCUUCACCAUUAAUUCCCUGCAGAACCCACCGGAAGCCUUCAAGGCCAUCAAGACGGAGAAGCUGGAGGAGCCACCAGAGGACAGCCCUCCCGUGGAAGAAGUCAGGACUGUCAUCAGGUUUGUGACCAAUAAAACCGACAAGCACGUCAGCAGGCCCGUGGUGUCCCUGCCCUCCACCUCCGAAGCCUUCCUGGCCUCCUCCGUCUCAGCCAAGAUCUCCUCUUUAAUGUUGCCGAAUGCCGCCAGCAUCUCGUCGGCCUCGCCCUCCUCCUCUCGGUCCCCCUCCCUGUCCCCCAACUCGCCCCUCCCUUCCGAACACAGAAGCCUCUUCCUGGAGGCCGCCUGCCAUGACUCGGAUUCCCUAGAGCCCUUGAACCUGUCAUCGGGCUCCAAGACCAGGUCUCCAUCUCUUCCCCCAAAGGCCAAAAAGCCCAAAGGCUUGGAAAUCUCUGCGCCUCCGCUGGUGCUCUCCGGCACCGACCUCGGCUCCAUCGCCCUCAACAGCCCCGCCCUGCCCUCAGGCUCCCUCACCCCAGCCUUCUUCACUGCACAGACACCAAAUGGACUGCUCCUGACCCCGAGUCCGCUGCUGUCCAGCAUACAUUUCUGGAGCAGCCUCAGUCCAGUUGCUCCACUGAGUCCCGCCCGGCUGCAAGGGCCAAACACGCUGUUCCAGUUCCCAACACUGCUCAAUGGCCACAUGCCAGUGCCAAUCCCCAGUCUGGACAGAGCUGCUUCUCCAGUACUGCUUUCGUCGAAUUCUCAGAAGUCCUGAUGACAUCUGGCCACAACUAAAGACUCAUUAACUGAUGAAACAAAUUUGUCCCCAUGGGCUAGUUUACCUGUGUCAUGAGAAGGACUUUGUGAAACCCUGUUAAUUUGGUUUGCACUUUUCAUAACAUGGAUGGUCUAUAUGUUAGCAUUUUAAAAACUUUUUUUUAUAUUCAAGUAUAUAUGAAAUCUGUUUUGCAUUAAGCGAAUUUUAAUAUUUUUUAUAUCCUCUUAGCUCUUAAGUGUUGAACACUGUUGACAGUGAAGAACUUUUCUUAAUGGUUUUCAGUGUAACUAAUUAAGGAUGUGAAGCUUUUUUCUCUUUAAUUCUGCAUAUGCUGAACUGUGCUUAUGUAUUAUGUACACCAUUAACCAGCUGUGCCUUCCUUUGCAUUUAGUUUUAUGUAAAUGAUUUAUAUAUUUUUAGUAUUAAGAGAAAAUGUUUGAAAGACAAAAAUUAGUAUCAAACAACUCUAGUAGAAUUUCAUUGUUUUUCACAAGUAGGCAAUAUGAAAGCAUAGUCAUAUUAUUUUUUUUUGCUUUCAAUUAUAAGAAUUGCCUUAGAAUCUCUUUUGAACUGAAAUUCAAUAAAUGUAAUGUCCAAGUAAUGUUUUUAUAAGAAGAAACUAAGCCAUAUUUAGACAAUAAACAUCCAUAAAAAAUGUUCGAAAGUGCAUUUUUGUAAGGGAUGUGAAAGGCUAGCCUCCCAGCCGUUUACAGUCUUUUGGACUCCUCCCAAACAAAAAAACCUGAGAUGGAAAAGCUACAUCAAGUUCAUUCUGUCCUACCCCCAGAAUAUUUUCUAGGUUCGCAUAAUCUGUUUUCAAACAAUUAGCCUUGGUUCUCCCUGUUCUCCAUCCAUAGAGAAUCACACCCCUCUGAUACAUUUCCUGUAUCACUGAGUUAAGGUUUCCCCAAAGCCCCGGAACUGUCACAUUUAAAAAGCCCACGCUUUGGAAGGGGCUCACAGACUGGUGAUGAAUGCAAACACUGCAGGAACAGUUCUGAAACACGAGGUGUCGUCAUGUGUACAGGUAUAUAGCCUUGCUUGUGGAAAUGGAGGUCAUUACUAAAUUGAGGGUGAGAAAUGAAAAAAAUCUGAUACAAUGAAUGGAAGAUUCUUCAGAAACCUCAUCACUGUUGAACUGAACUGAUGCUAACAAUUUCGAACACUAAAUUAUUUUGUGUAGUUUAGAGCAGUACUACUAACAGGAAUAUAACUUCUGUUCCUUCAAAAAAAAACCCCAGCAGGCACCACUCUAAGGCAUCAUUCUGUACCAUAUGGAAGUCCUAGAGGUAAGAGAACUGGAAAAUGCCCAGGACUUUCAACUCAAGAUCAGUUAACUGCCAUCCUUAAAUGAAGUAACAGGCACCAAUUUGAAAUGUGACUAAAUAAUUAAUUGAUCUAAACCAGGCAUUAAAUAGCAGGGAUAAAAAAACAAUGCUUGCAAAAACAAAAAUAUUUCUGGAAUUCUCAAAAAUAUCUAAACUUUCGUUAGGAUACAAAUGGUGAGAUUUUUCAAUUGGAAUUGAGCAUCUCUGUGUGAGGGGAUGGAUGCCCUAGGAAAAAUGCAAACAUCCCAACAUGCAUCUUUGAAUACAAAAUAAUGGAGCCGAUUCCAAAAUCCAGACACUACUGUCAUGGGCUAAGGAUAAUUCUGUACAAAAAUAGUUGGUCCAGCUGAUAUUUUACAAACACAAAACGUUAAGAGUUAGAAAGAGAAUCCCCAU